UCAACACAUCCCUCUCUCAAACCACGACCAUCUCCAAUCCGUUUGUUUCCGCCAGUUACUUUGGUCGCAUCUGAGCAUCGCAAUCAGCACAAACAGCAAGAACAACACUUACAGCACUUUCACAAUCGCUCGCAAUAUGUCCGUGAAGAAAGUUACUGCAACGAAAUCGGCUGCUAAGAAAAGCAGGGCCUCUCCCACCCACCCAUCUUGGGUGGAUAUGAUCAAGGAGUGCAUUGCUGGUCAUCCUGAUGACGCCCGCGCUGGCGUCUCCCGUCCCCAGAUCAAGAAAUUCGUUGAGGAGAAAUACGGCCUUGCCAUGGACAACGCUCAACUGAGUCAUUUGAGCAAGGCCAUCACCAGUGGUGCCGACAAGGGGACUUUUGUUCUCCCCAAGGGACCCUCUGGACGAGUGAAACUGCCCCCAAAGACUCCAAGGGCCACUGACACCUCAGCCUCUAAGGAGAACAAACCCGCGAAGGUUGCACCCAAGGCAACUACCAAGGCAGUCGCUAAGGCACGUCCCGCCAAGACUGCCACUACGAAGGCUACAACCGCAAAGUCCACUACGACCAAGAAACCAGUCGCGAAAGCGAAGACGGCACCAGCAGUCAAGGCUGCCGCCGCUAAGAAACCUGCCUCUCAAACUGCGGCCAAGACUUCAGCAACGAAAUCUACAGCUUCUGCUAAGGCAAAGGCAGUUCCUGCGAAAAAAACGAUGGCAGGCAAGAAAGCUGCCCCUGUUAAGAAGACUACCUCAGCAUCUAAACGUGGUACCGCGAAGAAGGCUGUGACUGGAACGAGCGCACCCGCCAAAGCGAAGGUCGCGGCCACCAAGAAGACCACCGCAAAGAAACCCGUAGCCAAAGCAUCGACUUCAACAACGAGCAGGAAGAAGGUGCGCAAAUGACUUUAAUGCGCUGUGAUUGACAUGGCUUGACUUGCCUUUCGACUAGGUCGGCAAGAAAUAGGUGACCCCCAUCCGCCAUCAAUGAUAUACUCGCCCUCCUGAUCUCACAGUACACUAAGGUGUAGAACCCAGUCUAUGGCUACUCUACCUACUCUAUGCACUUUCCCUUGUCCGUCUGAUUGCACCUUUCUUAUUUCUCGUAUUUGAUUUGUAUUGUAAUUUAUUUGGGUCCUACUACCUGCCCGCCUCUCGACUAUCAAAUCAUCAAUUCUCGUGUAUCCUGGGGCCAGUUGUCACGAUCACGUCUUGAUUCCAAUUUAUCACAACGUUUCACUACAAUAGGAUAAAAUUCGAACAUCACUUUAGGGUCGUGGCAUAGAACUAGGGGUGCGACGUGGAAGAGGGCAUUCGCCAUUUGAUCCGG